ACUAAUGAACACUAAACUGUGGUUUUAUCUGGCCCGUGACGUCGGCCGCCUCUGCCCAAUCAGCGCGUUUUCACAGACACCUUGUAGGUAAUCCGCUUUGGCGCUCAGAGCUGUGUAUCCAGCGCCACGCUGUGCGCGCUCUCUGCGCCAGAAAUAGCACCAGCUGGUUCUCAGCGGCAGCCUGACACUUGAUCGGAUUCCCGGCCGCUGCUCCACAGCUCUGCUCUGAGGAGCCGCCGGAAGAACCCCCGCGGACCGGCUUUUACGCAGACAAGCUCCGGAGUUUGUUGGGUCAGGGUUCGGAGUUCUGUUCCUGCAGGACAGUUCUGUUCAUGGGAACCAGAAUGUUGUCUCUCUGGUGCGGAUUUCUCAGCUUUUGCGCGCUAAUCUGCGCUCAGCCGGAUGAUGGGAAGCGGUACAUCUGCCGCGCAGUGGCCAUCAGCGGCGACGCCGGCUGCCCGGUGACUUUACUGCCGGACCUGAGUGCCGGCAGCCAGGAGGAGGAGCUGCGGAACACCGUCAUGCAGCUUCGGGAGACCAUCGUCCAGCAGAAGGACACGAUCUCCAAGCAGCUGGGCACCAUCAACGAGCUGACCACCAAGCUGUCCCUCUGCGCCUCGGCCGCCAGCGACCGGAAGUCCGGCAAGGGGGGCGCGUGGGGGAAGGACAAGCAGAACACGAUGGGGGACGUUCCCACGGACCCCAACGACUCCAUCGACAGCCUCGGAAAAACCAUGCAGGGGCUCAAGGAGCGGCUGGAGAACCUGGAGCAGCAGAUGAGGGCCAACUUGUCGGGCGCCUCGUUCCCCAGCGAGCUGCGGGAGCUGCUGCAGCGCCGCCUGGGGGAGCUGGAGAAGCAGCUGCUGAAGAAGGUCAGCAGCCUGGAGGAGGAGAAGAGCCAGCUGUCCAACGCCACGGCCGCCUACCGGCUGAAGACCGAGAGCACGCUGAACGCGCUGGUGGAGAGGAUCAGCGAGCUGGAGAAAGGGGGCGGAGACUUUAAGUCCCCUGAGCAGUUCAAGCUGUCCCUCCCCCAGAGGACCAACUACCUGUACGGCCGCAUCACCAAGUCCCUGCCGGAGAUGUACGCCUUCACGCUCUGCAUGUGGAUCAAGUCCAGCGCCAGCCCUGGCGUGGGAACGCCCUUCUCCUACGGCGUUCCGGGCCAAGCCAAUGAGAUCGUCCUGAUCGAGUGGGGCAACAACCCCAUCGAGCUGCUCAUCAACGACAAGGUGGCCCAGCUGCCGCUGGAGGUCCGGGACGGGAAGUGGCACCACAUCUGCAUCUGCUGGACGACCCGAGACGGCCAGUGGGACGCCUACCAGGACGGAAAUAAGCUGGGCGCCGGAGACAACCUGGCAGCCUGGCACCCCAUCAAGCCUGGAGGAGUCAUCAUCCUGGGGCAGGAGCAGGACGUGGUAGGCGGCCGGUUCGACGCGGGCCAGGCCUUCGUGGGGGAGCUGAGCCAGGUGAACAUCUGGGACCGCGUCCUGAAGCCGGCCGAGAUCCGCUCCAUGGCCAACUGCAGCGCUUACCUGGCCGGGAACGUGGUGGCCUGGCUGCCCGGCAGCGUGGAGGUGUUCGGCAGGGGCGCCUCCAAGCGCCCUCUGGAGGUCUGCCAGGAGCGGCUCCCCAACUUCUAGAGCGCGACCGUCACCAUGGCAACGCCGUCCUGGACUUCCUGUCAGAGUUUACAUCUCCAAUGUUUGGUUCGAGCUUUUAAUGUGAAUGUUUCUGAAAGCUCUUCAUCCAGCAUCCCUCCAUCCCUCCCUCCCCAUCCCACUGGUAGUAAAGUCAGUCUGUCCAAUCUGAAAUGAUCUGUGGAAGUUUUCCCUGAUGUGUCUGAACUCCUCAUGGAACUCUGUUGCAGCAGACAUCCAGCCUGCUUCCUCCUCCUCCUCCUCUUCCUCGCUGCCAGUAGUGAGUCCAUCUCAGUGCUUUCUCUCCUCUGACCAAAGGAACAUUGGGGAUUUCUUGUCACUAACUGCUGUAAAUGAUAUUUAUCUUCAUAUUGUUGCUGUGUUACACUGUAGAACUUGAGCCCAUAAAAAGCUUUAAUAUGUAUUUUUAUGAAUCUAAAUGACUUAAUUUUGUGAAUUCCUAUCAUUAGGUUGUACAGUGUUGGCGCCUCGUCUCAUGGCCUUCACAGACGUCCAAGUGCCAUUAAUUUUUUUUUUUUUUUUUUUUUUUACCCGUUUUGACAUCACAGAAUAAAGAUGACACAUGUCGCA